UUAGGGCAUGGUACCGUAUUCCCGCGAGAUGGGAUUUCAUUGGAGGAAUGAAUGCAUUGCUUGGUUUGCUUCCUGACUAUAACGUGAAAAGCGUCGACCACAUGGAGGUCGAGGAAGGCUCUGUCCGGAGGCAACGGAAAUGUAGUUUGAAGCCGGCAAAGGGAAAUGAGAAUAUCUCUUAGAGUCUGUCCUCAAUGCAAUUUGAAACUGUUCACUUCACAAGUUACGGUGAUCGAGCUCUUAUCUCCAGAGAAUCGAGCACUAGCGGUAUAUGGAAUAUGGGAUAUGCUGCCAUAUGCGUUCUCCACAUUUCGCCUCAAACUGCAUACUCGGUGAUGUUGUUUUCCACGUGAUUUCAACGAUAAGUUCGACCACGGUGAUUGGCUUCACCGUCUGUUAGUAGAAUCGGCUGUAAUUACAUGACAUAUCAGGGUCCGAUGCCAUUUGAACAGUUUGGAUGACUCUAUGACAUUUUGUAAAAUAUUCUCUCAAUUUGAAAGCACGCUGCACUGAAGAUUCUGAAUAAUGGCGGAGGAGGAUGACGAUUACAUGUCGGAUUUGACUCGGUUUAUUCCAUCUGAAUUCUCCGCUGCACCACAAUCAUGGGCUCCAAAUCUGACGCAUGAAUUCAAACUUGAGGGUGGCAUGCUGAGAUUUUAAUUCUUGCAGGAUUGGGAAACCAUUCACAGACAGAGACAAGCAGAACGGGAAAGGAAAGAAAAAAGUAAAAUUGGAACAGCAGAGAAAAGCCGAGGAAGAACAGCGCAAAGAAGGACUGGGUGCAGCCAUACCAUCCAGUAACAUAGGCUUCAAAAUGCUUCAGCAAAUGGGUUACACUCCUGGAGCUGCUCUCGGAAAGCAUGGUCAGGGUGUUUUGGAGCCUGUGAGUGUAGAUCUCAAACGCAGCCGAACAGGGUUAGGAAGAGAUGUAGCUAUCAAAGAGGAGCAAAUCUUGAAGGCCAGGCGAGCCGAGUUCGAAAGUGUGAAGCAGAGACAAGCCGAGAAGGAACUCAGAGCUGAUUUCCAACAGAGGAGAAAAAGCUCUUGGCAAAGUAGGAAAAUUGCCAGUGAUUACGCAAAAGCAAGUGCCACUCUUACUGAUUUGGAGGAGAGGCUUACAAGUUCCUCUAGUCCUAAAGCCGAGUCUCUCAGCACCUUUGACAAAGCUGAGACUGAAACUGCCGAGGAAAAAGUUGAGGAGGAAGAAGAAAUCACAUUAGAGAUGCUCCAAGAAAUAUUUGAGAAACUAAGGACCAAAUUCAAUUAUUGCUUCUUCUGCGGAGUACAGUAUCCCUCUGCUGAGACGUUGGUAGCUGAGUGCCCUGGUCUAGACGAGGAAGAUCAUUGAUGCAUAUCAAGCACCAGCCCUAUCCAUCUGGAUCUGGUAUGCGACUAUUUGACUGCUGGUGGGGUCUGUCAACAUUCUACAGAAAUCGAGCUCUUUUACACGAGCUGGAAGGUUCGAAUUGUCAAAGGAGGUUUCUUGAAAGGUUGCAACCAGAAAUUGCAUGGAGGAUCUCGCACCCUUUGCAAGCUUAUAGUAAGUAUUGAUCAGUUCCUUAGAAUUAUUCCGGGCACUGAACCUAACGAUUUGUUAAGAAGCAUUAGCACCAAUCUUUAAUUUCCUACGGUCUCUAAGUGCUUUCUUACACGCUAGAGUACAUCAUCAUUUCCAUUUCAGGACAGAAAAGCAGAUGUACAGUUGCUUUCAAUUAGGAGAGGUGCAGACGUUCAUAGGACUCUGGAGGUCUGCCUAAAUCAGACUGGGCGCAAUCUGUAAAGUUUCAAAUCAUAGAAGGAGCCCAGGGCCGAAAAGAGUCAAGCUUGCGUUCAAAUUCUCCAGGUCCCUUUCUUUCAUGCGUCGAAGGCUUACGAACUAAGUCUGUACGGUAGAGGUUGAACAAUUGUAAUCGUUGUUGUUUCACUCCACUUGCACCGUUUCGUGUUUCUUUCUUCUCUUAUUGUGUCGCCGUCGUAUGAUACCUUGCUUCUCAUAUUCGACACUUGUUCAACAC